AAACAGCUGAAUGAUGAGUGCUGCCCAGAGUCAAACACUGCUCUUCAAACUUGAAGCCCUGCAGUGCCAAUUCACCUGGGAUCUUGACAUCAGAACGGCCUUACUUAAUCAUCGCAGGGACAACCUGGAGGACAUUGGCACCAAUGAUGGAAACAGAUGGCUGGGUCACAUCUACAACCUGCGAGGGUUCAUUCAGUACAAGCUAGGAUCCAAUAAAGAAGCCCAGAAGUUCUUCAACAAGGCUACAGAGUCCUUCAGCCGGAUAAGAAGCACAGAUGAGGGCCCCUGGUUAGUGGUGAACUAUGGGAACCUGGCUUGGCUGCACCACCACCUGGGAGACCAAGCAGAGAGCGAGGCCUACCUGUCAAAGGUCGACGCCCUGAAUAAAAAAUACCCAUCUCCAUCCCAGGAGGAGCUCCACCCGGAGAUCUACGCUGAAAAAGCCUAUGCGCUGAUGACGGUCAGUGGAGACAAAACACUUGUUGCAGAUUACUUCCAGAGAGCCAUCGAGAUGCAGCCAGGUACACAAGAGUGGAACACUAGCCAUGCCUUAGCUUUAAUUUAUGCUUCUUAGCAUAGCAGCACAGGGCUGGAAGAUGACAUCUUGGAGAAAAUGAGAAUUGCCCAAGAACAGGAUCCAGAGAACUUGUACCUCGCUGCUCACUACCUUGAUCAACGUGCUCAGAGAGGAGAAAGAAUAGAAGAUGAAGCACGUGAGUUAGCCACAAAGGUUUUGAGAAGUCCUGUCAGCAGCUACAGUGGUUUAAAACCAUUGCUCUUUUACAGAAAGUAUAUAUCUGGUGAUGAGGCCAUUGAUUUGGCAGAGGAGGCUCUGAAGAACCAAUCCAGAUGAGCGUUAUCUGAAGAGAUGUGUUGCACUCUGUACCAAAUGGAAGAUUCAUUUUUUACAGGAAAGGAUUGCCCAAGCAAAAGCUUUGAUAGACAGAGCAAUCCUUCUCCUUGAGGAGGGAUUGCUCCUUUACCCUUGAUUCUCAAUUAUGAAAGGAAAAUAGAAAUUUGCAGAUGUAUAUGCACUGUCGCACAUGAUGAUCAGGCUAAGCUGAUCAGAAAUAUCAGGACUGUGGUAAAAAAGUGAUUUGAAAUUGCAGAAAAACAAAAUUCUUUAACACAAGUAUGCAAAUCAUUUAUAUUCCGGUAAAAGGAUGGUAACAUGUCACACGUUACCACAGAAGGCCGGCACGAUACCGCACCAAUCCUCUUUCAUGAGAAAAGCAUCAACAGUCUCGGAGUAAGAGAAGGUAGGACUGCUGGCGAGAAUAAUAAUUUCUGGCAAACCUGCAAGAGCCAUUAGUGUUCUAAACAGCAAUGGUUUGAAAUCCAAGAAGAAGAUAUGGCAUUAGUAACAAAUAAUCUGUACAUCUUCAUACAUAUUGAUUUGGCUGCAAUAAGAAAAAAAACGUUUUUCUUCUAAUGGUCGGGUAAUACACAAGGCAGCAACAGCCGAUACUCUGAAAAUGUAACAUGUUCUAUAUUGGUUUAACACUUCCAUUGUUAAACAGACCUAACAUGUUAUAUUAUAUUAUAUAAUUAUAUUUGAACUUCUUAUUUGCAGGCAGGUUUCAAUUGAUGCUUUACACUUUAGUAGCAGACAGACACUAUUUAAAAAUACAAAUUAGCUGAGCACUGUUUUUUAGUCUUGGUUGUUAAAUACAAAAACGAUUGGAAAUAUUAC